CCUCCGGCUAUAAGAGCGCCCCAACUUUUUUGUCCCGAGUCAACUUUUUCUGUCGCGUGGAAACCUGGAUACAUUUUUUGUUACUCUUCUUGUUGUUUGUUUUUCUCCUGCAAAGCGCAUUAUUCCAACGCAGCCCGAUGAGGGAAUAAACGCGGCCGUCUUGACGCGCCUCGGAAAUAAAGAGAUGCCCGAAGAAGCUGUGCAGGACGGAUCGAGCUGCCCCGGGUCUCCAGCGGACAGCGUCCCGAGCAGCAGCAGCGAAGGCGAGCUCGAGCGCCACACCAAGAAGAGCGUGCGGAAAAGACGCUCGAGCCGCAAGGACGCCGAGGACUCGGACAGCUCUGUUCCGGGGAAGAGAGGGAAGAAGUCGUACAGCGGAAGCGGGGGCAGCAGCGGCAGCCCGCCGUCUCUCGAGGAGCUUCACUCGCAGCGCGUCAUGGCCAACGUGCGCGAGCGCCAGAGGACGCAGUCCCUGAACGAGGCCUUCGCUGCGCUGCGCAAGAUCAUCCCGACGCUCCCGUCCGACAAGCUGAGCAAGAUCCAGACACUGAAGCUGGCCGCGCGCUACAUCGACUUCCUGUGCCAGGUGCUGCAGAGCGACGAGCUCGACUCCAAGGUGGCGAGCUGCAGCUACGUGGCUCACGAGCGCCUCAGCUACGCGUUCUCCGUGUGGCGCAUGGAGGGCGCGUGGUCCAUGUCGGCGUCUCACUAGCGCGCGGGACGGCUCGGGGCGCUGGACGGUGACAGUCGUCUGUGCUGACAAGGAAAACGUGCAGCGGUGUUUGAAACCAAUGCUGGAUCUUAUACCCGUCUGUCAGUAGUGCAGGAAAGACUUUUUGCGGACGCGGAAAGCAGAGCUUUAAGGACAGGAGGCCGCACACACGGUGCCCUCUGAGCCGCUUGGGCCAAAGCUAUGAAUUUUGACGCUGAAUGUGUGAAAUGUGUCACAAUGCGCACCUUUAACAGCAGAAAGAGCAAAGUGCAUCCAGGAGCUGACUCACACUUGUUUCGUUUUGGUACUGAAGUGAAUUAGGACAUGGAGCUCGAGCUUUUUAUUUAUUUAUUAUUGACACGAGUUGUCAAAUGUGUCUUCUGUGUCCAAAUGAAUCCCUAUUUUUAUUACUUUUGUAAAUAAAUGUGCAUCUCUUGAAUA